UAUCACAUAAAUACAAACAAAACAGUGAAGACGAGUCAGUAUCUCACUGCACGGUAUCUCUGCAACUGCGUUCGUAACUAAAAAUAUGGGCAAAGAUCUUGUUAUUCUUGCAUACUCUGGUGGUUUGGAUACCAGCUGCAUUUUGAAAUGGUUAAUUCAAAAAGGCUACGAUGUUGUAUGCUACAUGGCGGAUAUUGGUCAAGAUGAAGAUUUUGAAAAAGCGAAACAGAAGGCAAAGGCCAUUGGAGCCAAAGAUGUGAUAGUUGAAGACCUUCGUAAAGAGUUCGUGUCGAACUACAUGCUGCCUGCUAUUCAGAUGGGUCUUGUCUACGAGAGCCGGUAUUAUUUGGGAACUUCAUUGGCUCGUCCUUGCAUCUCGGUCGGCAUUGUAAAUGCGGCAAAAAAACUCGGGGCCAAAUACAUCUCCCACGGCGCCACUGGCAAAGGAAACGACCAAGUGCGAUUUGAACUAAGCGUAUAUUCAUUGUGGCCAGCAGGCAAGGUAAUAGCACCAUGGCGACUUCCUGAAUUCUUCGAGAGAUUUCAAGGCAGAAGUGACUUGAUAAAAUACGCUAAAAAGGAAAAUAUACCAGUAUCGGCUACCCCUAAAGCUCCUUGGUCCACGGAUGAGAACAUAAUGCAUAUUAGCUAUGAAUCUGGUGUAUUGGAAGACCCGUCGGCGGCGCCUCCACCUGGAAUAUACAAAAUGACUCGCGAUCUUCAACAGACUGAGGAUUACCCCAGCGUUAUUGAUAUUAAUUUUGAAAAUGGUCUCCCAGUGUCAGUAAGAAUUCCAAGUGGCCACGAAAAGGCUCUUUUAGUCACAGACUCCUUGGCUAUUGUGGAGACACUUAAUAAAUUGGGUGGACAGCACGGUAUUGGGCGGAUUGACAUUGUUGAAAAUCGUUUUCUUGGUCUAAAGUCAAGAGGACUUUACGAGACUCCAGCUGGUACAAUUUUACACAUAGCUCAUGUCGACUUGGAAGCCUAUGCUUUAGACAGAGAAGUGCUCAGGAUUAAAAAAUAUCUGCAGGACAAAAUGGCUGAUUUUGUAUACAAUGGAUUCUGGUUUUCACCUGAGGCAGACUAUACAAAGAAAUGUUUGCUACAAUCCCAGGAUUCUGUGACCGGAUCUGUCACAGUCCAGCUAUUUAAAGGAAAUGUGACUGUAAUAGCAAGAAAAAGUUUGACUAGCCUGUACAAUCAAGAGUUGGUGUCCAUGGAUGUAGCUGGAGGUUUUUCACCAGAAGACAGUACAGGGUUCAUCAACAUCAAUGCAUUAAGAUUAAAAGAAUAUGCCAGAUUUAUCAAACAAACAGAACAAUAAAAUCACAUUACAUAUUUCAUACAUGUAAUCUCAAAAUUGGCCAGUAAAAAUUGUAAAUAACACUUAA